AUGACUGAGUGGCACCGAACAUUCCUACAAAACUUCUUGAUCCCCCCACACCCGCAGAGAGGGCGCCAACUUUUGAAGGAGUCAACAGCAUUUCAAUGUGUCCUGAAGUGGCUCGAGGGACUACAGAUUAAGCCGAGGGUGCUGGAGGUGCUGUCGGGUGUGGAGUACCAUCUCCGGGUCUCCUUCUUUGAUGUCACCUAUCGACACUUCUUUGGGAGAACAUGGAAAAGCACAGCAAAGUCCUUGAAGACCAUGGCGGGACAGCAGCUCCGGAUUGUCUUCAAUGAGCCUGUGUAUUUCCACAUGUCUUUAAAUAACCCAAACCUUAUUGCGGUUGUGGAAGUUGUUGCUGAAGGCAAGAAACGAGAUGGGAGCCUCCAGACAGUGGCCUGUGGGUUUGGGAUUCUGCGACUCUUCAGCUUCAAACCAGAGACUCCUGAUUCUCCUGCCCAGGAUAGACGGCUAAGACUCUAUCAUGGCACCCCCAGAGCCCUCCUACAUCCACUUCUUGAGGAUCCUAUUGAACAAAGCAAGUAUCUGACCCUUAUUGAGAACUGCUACAUUCAGUACACCUUGAAGAUCCAUCCUUUACUCGAAGCAGCAUUUCACCUUUUCCCUGAGAACUUUCUGGUGUCUGGUUUACAGAAAAUUCCUGGCUUACUCCCACCUCAUGGAGAGACAAAUGAUGUAUUGCGGAAGCCUCGCCUCCAGAAAUCUGUCACGUGGUAUUUGGACAAUCUGCUCUUCAACCUGUAUCCCUCACUGGAGAAGUUUGAGGAGGAACUUCUGGAACUCCUCAGUCACGACUGCUUGCGGGAGGAUGGCACCACCUUGGAAGGGAAGGCAGUUACGAUUCAAGAACGACGACUACAUGUUGGGGUGCACAAUGGUCUGGUCUUUGUUCAGAAGCCUCAAGUGGUGGUGGUGAUGCCUGAGGGUGAGGUGCCCCUGAGUCGCUCCGGAACUCUCAAUAGGAAGUCUUCCUCCUUAUCCAAGAUCAGUUUCAGAAAUCAGUCUCUGGUUUUGAGAAGCCGCAUUCGCCUGACUGAGAUGGUCAAUAAUCCAGCAUUCGCAGUUAUCUUUGAGCUAGAAUAUGUGUUUAGUGUGCCUUCAGGAGUCAGUGGAAAGGGAGCUUCUGUUACAUCUUUGUCUAACAUGGCCUACAUGCAUGUAAUUCGGUGGGCUGUUUGGAAUCCCCUGACAGAAGGCUCAUCUAAGAAGGUGGUGACCUUACCUCUUCGAGGAGGAGCCCAACCAAAUCCUAGCCGUUGUUUGGUGUACAAGAUUCCUUCAACCACCAUGAGCUCAGAGGAGGUUAAGAAAGUUGAGUUGGGCACCAUCCAAUUCCAGUUCUCACUCAGCUCAGAUGAACACGUGGGAACUUCUCUCGAGCCCUCCAGCCACACGAAAGAGGAGCCACAACACUCCAAGAAACCUCCCACAUCCCCUUCAAGUAAGUCCCCAGUUCUGCCCCAUACGAUGUCUUCUGCCCAGCUGUCUCCUAUGGGACCUGGAUUGUCAAUAUCCCAGCUGUCAGCCUCUCCCCCAUCACCUGCUCGAAGCCUCUCUGCCAGACCUUCCUUACCCACCCAGGUCAGCUCACAGCACUCCACAUCCCUCAAGGCCUCCCAGGGAACCCAGGAAGAACUCUCCCCUGGUAUUGAUGGCAGCAGCAGCAGGAUAGCUCAUCUGGAGGUUGACUUGAGCCAGAGAUUCCCCAUUUCUGACUUUGUCAGUGCUGAGCAACUGCAGGAGCUGCCUUUUACACCCUUACAUGCUCCGAUUAUCAUGGGCACUGAGACCAGAAGUUCUGGAUCUAAACUCUCCCGGGCCUCGCUCGUCCUCCUGAGCACAUUAGGCUUUCCAAAAAUUCUGGACCUCAGCAAGCAGCCAGCUGAAGUUGUGGAUCCUGCCACCUCUGUGAAAUUUAACCCUCAGAGAGAAGAAGGAGAUGUGCUACAGGGCAAUGAAAUAAUUCUGCAAUUUCUUGCCUUCAGCAGGGCUUCAGAGGACCCCAAGGGGAUGCCAUGGCCCAAAACAGUGUAUUUCACCUUCCAAUUCUAUCGUUUCCCACCUGUCACCACACCACGAUUACAAUUGGUGAAGUUGGAUCAACCUGGGAUGACUAACUCUAGUUCUCUAUCCCACGUCCUGGUUUCAGUGAACAAAGAUGGCUCAUUUAACAAGGACUCUCCUGGGUUUCAGCUCCAAUAUAUGGUGGAUUCCGGGUUCCUCAAGCCUGGAGAACAGCGGUGGUUCAUCCAUUAUCUUGCUGUGCAGACCCUACAGAUCGAUGUCUGGGAUGGAGAUUCGCUGCUUCUCAUUGGGUCUGCAGCAGUGCGGAUGGAGCAUAUCGUCCGCCAGGGUCGAGCAGCUGUUCAAGUCUCUCAUGAGCUCGAUGUUGUGACCACAGAAUAUGAACAGGAUACGAUGGUGGUGAGUGGAGAUAUUACAAGGCCUGGCACUGUUAAACCCAUUGGAGUCCACACUCUGGUCAGAGGCCGUCUACACUUAACUUUGGCCAACGUGGGUCAUGUGUCUGAACAGAAAUCAGAGGAUUCCAACUCAUUGCCUCCUUCACGAUCACGGAUCAUUUCCUCUAGCGACGGGACUAGUGGCUUCCAUGGAGGCAGUCUUCUUAGUCAUGGAGGCCAGAGAGCUCUUAAAAAUGUGGCUCAAGCCCGAAAACUAGCUGAUGUGGACAGUGAACUAGCCUCAAUGCUCUUCAUUCAAAAGCAGGAGGGGAGCAAGACCCAUCAGCUCACCAGCAAAGAGGCAGAUGCCACGAGGAAGCGGAAGCUUGAAAGAAUGGCGUCAGUCCGUCAGCGGGAGUCUGAAAAUGAUCUUGGCCUCAGGACAAAAAACCUCCUGGCUCAGCAUAAUGUCCAGGUCCAGCACUCACGGGAUCUCCAGAUUAUUGAUGCCUAUCGAGAACGAACCAAAGUAGAGAAUAUCACCAAUAUGCUGAGUCUGGUCAUCACCACUCACCACACUAUCUAUGCCACUCUGGGCACAGCUGAAUUCUUUGAGUUUGCCCUAAAGAACCCCCACAACCUGCAGCAAACAGUGUCGAUUGAGAUCGAUAACCCAGAGCUCAGUGUCAUUCUGGAUAGCAGGGAGUGGAGGCACUUCAAAGAGGCGGCCAAGGUGUAUACGCCCCUGGAGGAAGACAUGUUCCACCUCCAUGACAACCACAUUCCACAGCUCUACCUGCGCCCCAAGGAGAUGAUUCACAUCCCUUUUAAAUAUCAGACUUUCUGCAUAGACCACGCUGUCAUGAUGCAGGUAGGAAAUCAGCCCUGUUUGAUAUCUGACAAGCAUCCAGAAACCAUGUUGCCUUGGAAGUCCAAUGACAUACCAACCAAGAGCAUUAAGGUAUCGUUUAGUGUGAGCAGUGGCAAACCUAUCGCUAUUCUGUGUGUGAAUGUAGAAUAUCAACCCCAUGUGGUUGAUCAGACAUUUCGGUUUUAUCAUCCGGAGCUCUCCUUCCUGAAGAAAUCCAUACGGUUACCUCCUUGGCACACCCUGCCAGGUGCCCCUAUAGGAGGAAUUCCUGGCGAGGAGCCCCAAAUCUAUGUUCGAUGCAGUGACCCAAACGUUAUUUGUGAAACCAAAAAAAUGGGCCCAGGGGAACCACAGGACAUGUUUCUGAAAGUAGCUGGAGGUCCAAGCCCACAGAUCAAAAAAUUCUUUGUUGUUCUUUAUAGGGAUUAUUGGCUGGCUACCCCUAUUCAGAUAUGGCAGAUCUACCUUCACUCUCUCCAGCGAGUGGAUGUCAGUUGUGUCACUGGUCAGCUGACUCGCCUUUCCCUUGUUCUUCAUGGCACACAGACUGUUAGGAAAGUGAAAGCAUUUACUUCUCACCCGCAUGAGCUAAAGCUGGACCCUGAUGAUGUUUUUAUGCUCUCACGGAACAGCGUGCACGACCUACACAUUGGUGUGAGGCCUCAGCGGUCUGGCAGUCGGUUCCUUUAUCUCAAUCUGGUAGAUGUUGACCACCACCAGUUGGUGACCUCCUGGCUCAUUUGCCUGUCCAGCCGACAGCCUGUCAUUUCCAAGGCUUUUGAGAUCACAUUGCCAGCUGGUUGUGGCAAAGGUGCCAACAAGAAGAUCACAUACACCAAUCCCUAUCCUUCCAGAAAAGCAUACCACCUCCACACCAACCACCCAGACUUGCUGCAGUUCAAGGAAGACUCCUUUGAGGUGAGUGCUGGACAGACGUACACCAUCGGCCUGCGGUUUGCGCCAAGUCACAGCACAGGCAUGGAGGAGGUUCUGAUUUACAUCAAUGAUCAUGAAGACAAAAAUGAGGAGACAUUUUGCGUGAAGGUCAUCUAUCAAUAAAGGGGAGGACCUUGACCGGGCUUGCGUGUUCUGGCUCUCUCUGUUAACACGUUAAUCUCACUGACUCUCCUGCGAUGGGGCCAUAAUCCUAUUCUCUCUCAGCCACUUGAAUAUUAUCAUUGGUUUCAGAUUUUGCUGCUGGAUAGAUUUCCCUCCUUUUGAAUUUUCCUGGCCAUUUGUCUUUGGAUACAGAUAACCCGCUGAGAUUAUCCCUGAACUUGGCCUGAGGCCUGAAAGCACCCGUUCCCUCCUUAUUUAUGGUAUACCCGCGUCCAAUCAAGCAUCGGCCAAAAAUCACAGAGAUUUAUUCCAGAGCAGAGUCCUUAAGCAGGAACCAGACGCCGUGAUGUCAUGUUGUUGGGCGUACCGCUGUUCCUGUAUGGCGUGUGCAGGGACUUGUAACUUUCUACCAAAUUGUUUUGCUUUGACUUUUGCUGAUUUUUUAAAAAGUAUUUUUAUGAAACAUUUGUUUUCCUUAUUGGA